AUGCAGACCCAACUUAUUCUCCAAGGCCUGGCAUUGUCGGUCGGAUUAUACUGGGUAGGCUGGGUAUUUUACGCCAAAUGGCUUCAUCCACUGGCAAGAUUUCCAGGACCGCCACUUGCGGCCAUUUCAAGGUUAUGGAUCGUGAUGCAUGUGGCUCGAGGACAUGCCGAGAGUGAGCAGCGGAGGCUGCACAUGAGAUACGGUCCUGUAAUUCGUAUUGCGCCGAAUGAACUUGCAGUCAGCGAUCCAGCUGCGAUCAAGAGAAUCUACGGCAUCAAAUCAGGAUUUACCAAGACCGACUUUUAUUUACCUUUUCGUUCACCUUUUGCAAGGUACCCCGAUCAUUUCACUGCGACCGAUGAAAAGAGCCAUGCAAGUCGGCGGAAGAUUGUCAAUCAUAUCUACUCGAUGACGAGUAUUCUGCAGGCCGAGAAGUAUGUCGAUCUAUGUACCGAGGUCCUUCUAAAACGAUUUGGCGAAAUGGCAGAUCAACAAGCAGCAGUGGAUCUUUUUCAAUGGGCGCGAAUGUACGCAUAUGAUGUCAUUGGGGAGUUUUAUUUUGAGAAGAUGUUCGGAUUUCUCGAGAGUCAAAGAGAUCACUUGGGCUACUUGUCUUCCACCGAUGCCUUAAUUCCCGUCAUGACUUUGUCGGCCGUAAUGCCAAAAUACGUCCGCCCACUAUUUAUGCUUUGUGGUCUUCUGUCUUCACGCAUGAGGGCCUCGUUGGGUGCUUUUAGAAGUCUGACGACAGCUACCGACGCUGCGGUUGAAGAUCGUCUCGAGUCCAAAGAAGUCGACGUAGUAUCCCAGCGGCCUGAUGUUCUUACCAAGGUCUUUACGAUAUACCAGAAGGAGGGCCAAAGAGUCGAUUUUGAUAUUGAUGACGUUAAACUAGAGGCGUAUGGCGCGUUUUUUGCUGGAAGCGACACCACAGCCAUCGCCCUGACGGGGAUCUUGUACCAUGUACUCAGGAGCGAUUCUGUCCUCGAAGCUCUUCGCCGUGAGGUGGAUCGUGCCACACAGGAUGGUGAGCUCGGCGUGCCAUAUAUCUCUUAUGACGAAGCGGUCAAAUUGCCGUACCUGAAUGCAUGCGUCAAAGAAGGAAUGAGGAUCCAUCCAAGUGUCGGCUUGACCUUGCCGCGUAAUGUGCCAGAUCCUGGCUGCGAAGUAGCUGGGUAUUGGAUCCCUGGAAAAACUCGGAUCGGCGUGAACCCGGCAGUCGUGCAUCUGGAUCGGUCCGUGUUUGGCGAGGACGCUCUCACAUACCGACCGGAGAGAUGGUUGAGCCCCGGGGCUCAUGAGAUGAUUCAAUAUAUUAUUCAGUUUGGAGCAGGUUCGAGAACGUGUAUGGGAAAACAUAUCUCCUUGUGCGAAAUAUUCAAGGUAAUUCCAGAGCUAGUUCGAUCAUUUGACCUGGAUCUUGAAUGCCCGGAUGGGGAUCUAGAAACCACGGCGUACUGGUUCUACAAGCCGACGGAGGUCAAGAUCAGGGUUCGAAGACGCAAGACGGGCAAAGUGGAAUGA